GGAAGCUCAGGACACGGACGCAUCUUACUUGCACGAGGGAUCGUGACGUCAGGACCCCCAUCUUUUUUGUACGAGGCCGACCCGUCUAGAUUUAGGCCCGUCGCCGUUCUGGCUCAAGAGCUUUCUGCAGCCAGCCUGAUCCGCGAGCACUCCCAGCCACAUCCCGAUCUGCCACCAAUGACCUCGGCCACGGAGCGCAUGGAGCUCGCGGAGGUCGGCGGCGAGGCGAGCGGGUCGGAGCAGUUCUUGGUCCAGGAUGCUCGCGCCAGGCGUUCGCCCUGGCGGGUGGCGGGUGGCGCAGGUGUGGCCGCCUUGCUCCUGGCCGGCGCAGGCGCAGGGGCAGCGCGCUUGGCGCUGCACGGGGCGGCCUCGGACACGGACCGCCUCCAGAGCAAGGUGCAGACGGUUGCCCUGCCGCCGCGCGACAAGUGCGCCAGCACGGACGACGACUGCUACAGCCUGGGGUGCUGCAACGUUGCGGGCCUGAACUGCUUCGAGACCAAGCCGGGGAAGGGCAAGUGCCUGAAGAACUGCACCCCCAGCGCCUCCCAGUUGUGCGUUCAGACGCAGCCGAUCAUGGACCCGAUCCUCAAGGAUGCCGACUGGUACGGCCCGUCAUUGUACUGCUUCGCAGUGGUCAUGCAGGACAUCGGCAGCACAAAGAAGAUGUACGACUUGGAGCUGCUCCAGGGAGCGUACGGCAGGAAGACCAGCAUCUUCGGGUGCGAGAACUGGGGAGUAUUCAGCGACAAGGAGGGGGAGGUCGGGCCCGGCGCUCCGCUCGUGAAGCUGGAGGAUGCCGACGGGGACUUCCAUUUCGCGAAGAGAGAGGAGACCGGCACCUGGCUGAACACGGGCUUGCAUUACCAGGCUUGGAAGGCAAUUGGGGAAGCCGGCGUGUACAAGAGCGCAAGCUGGGUCGUGAAGGUCGAUCCAGACGCGGUGUUCGUGCCGAGCCGCUUGGUGUCUUACCUCUCUAGCAAGGUGGUCCCAGCCAACGGCCUCUACCUCGAGAACUGCAAAGGCGUGAAGUACGGGUGGUUCGGCAGCCUGGAGAUCUUCUCGGCGGUGGCCUUCGAGACGCUCCUGGGGUCGAUGGCCGCGUGCAAGGGGGGCACCGUCGAUUGGAAAACGGGCGUUGACGGAGGCAAGUACGGCCCCAUGGGCGAGGAUCUGUUUGCGCAGGUUUGCUUGGAUACGAACGGCGUCUCUCGUGGAGAGGCAUUCGGCACCAAGCUGGACGGAACUUGCGAGGCGGACCGGCCAACCGCCGAGAAGAAGAACAAGAAGUGGAAGCCCACGUGCGACGGCGAGAACUUCCCAGCGUACCACCCGCUGAUGAAGCCUGAGGACUAUAUGGCGUGCUUGGAUGCCACCACCAACGCAUUUGGCUACUGAGCGCCCUGCAGCAGGCAGUGAAGCCGCAGUGCGCCAGGCAUAGCGCCCUGUCCGCUUGCCUGCUGUGCCCCGCGGCCGCCGUUUUUUGGUCGUGCAGGCAUUGUUCGCGCUGCCCUGGCCACUCCUUAUCACACAAAGCUGGUGUUGGGCGAAGAUGUGUCCGAGGCAGCAGGCAGCCUGGCUGCCUGCCUGGCGCUACUUAAUUCGGGCAGGCCCCCAUUGUCUUCCGGCUCGUUGUGACAACCCCAGUGGCCAGCGAGAGCAUCACCACAGUAGUUGUGCAGUUCCCUGCCGUGGGGAAGCUUCUGCUUUUCCACGGAGGCCUCUGCGGUGCUUUGAGCCUCAUGUGUGAAUCGGUUUUCCCGAUCUGCAUCGAUGCGGUGAGGCCAACAAAGAAUAGGGC